AACAGUCGACCAAAAGUUCUUCAGAAACCUACUAUUGUGUUUAAGCAAUCGAAACCACGAGAUUUCUAUACAGAAUUAUGGAGGAACAAAACCGCAUAAGCAAGACCAUAAUAUUCCUAGUGCUCCUAAAAAUCCUGUGUUACUGCACCCUCGCCUCUGCCCAGAACGUCCGGGGUAUUGGGAAAGUUCGGCUGAUAGGCGGGACGAGGGACUCCGAAGGGAAUGUGCAGGUGGAGGUAGGCGGUGUCUGGGGGUAUGUGUGUGACGACGGCUUCGGCUACACGGAAGCGGACGCAUUCUGUCGCGAACUCGGAUACGCGAACGCCGAGAGGUUCACCAGAAACAACCAGUUCGGUGUGAAUUCUCCAGCAUGGCGCAGAAGCGAGGUGAAAUAUUGGCUGGACAACCUGAAUUGUGAUGCCGACUCUGCCAUCCGAGAGUGCUUCUCGGAAACUCUUGGAAGACACGACUGCGGCCCGACUCAGAUCGCCGGCGUGGUCUGCCGGACGUCAAACUCAAGAUGCUCGGAGGCGGAGUUCCCUUGCACCGACGGCAGGGGGUGUGUUGCAAGGACUUUGGUUUGCGACGGCGACAGGGACUGCGCUGACGGCAGCGACGAAGGGGCGGAGCUAUGCGACGAGGUGGGCGUGACCAGGCUGAGGCCGAGCAACACGCCCCUCCGAGUCCCAGGCAUGGUGGCAGGACCGGUGCAGGUGAAGAGGGGGGGCGCGUGGCGGAGCCUGUGUGACUGGAGAGUCCUCGCUGGAGAGGCUGAGGUCCUGUGUCGGAACCUCGGCUUCGAAAACGGAUGGGCGUUGCCGUUCUACAGGGCGUACCUCGGGCGAGCCGGGAGCCAGGACCAAGCCGAGGUCAGCGGAUGCUCGGGGAAGGAGACCUGGAUCCGAGAAUGCCCCGGUCACGCCUGGUCCUCGACCUUCUGCGGCGCGUGGCGGGAUGCGGGGCUCCUGUGCUCCGACGGGGGGGUUUCCAUCAGGGUCGAAGGAGGGAGACCCGAGAGAGGAGGGCAUCUGCAGGUCAAACUCGAGGGCACGAAGUGGGCGGGGCUAUGUGGCACUGGAUUCGAUGACCUGGACGCUAAGGUGGCUUGUAGCAUGCUGGGCUACGAAGGAGAAGCCCAAGCCACGCAGGAACCCAAGACAUCGCGGGCUGCCAUAUGGGACGUCAUUCUGGACUGCAACGGCGACGAGUCACACCUUCACCAGUGUCGUCUGCGCCUCACCAAUGACACUUGCGCCACCGUAGCCGCGCUCACCUGUUCCCAUGGGCAGGGCAGCGUAGAGGCGCAGCUCCGAGCGAUCCUGCCUUCAGACUGCGGCCUCGCUGAAGACGCUUCGAACCGGUACAUCGGGCGGCUGGCCAAGGUGCGGGGCGGAACCAGGCAGGCGCGGUUCGACGCCCCGUGGCUGGUGACCCUGAGGCGUAGGCAGGAGCUGGACGACGGCGGCAGACUCGUGUGCGGAGGAGUCAUCCUCUCCGAGGACUUCGUGCUGACGGCGGCCCAUUGCUUCGGCAGCCUCGGCGCGCGCGCGCUGGUGGUUCGCGCCGGGGACUUCGACGCCGAUUUCGUCGAGGGAAGCUUCGAGCAGGAGCUCAUGAUCGACAAGGUCAUAAUUCACGAGGAUUUCGAAAAGAUGCAUUUUCUGGACAACGACAUCGCCCUCGUCAAGAUAGAGCGAAACAAUGGCCGAGGAUUUAGAUUCAGUGACCGCGUGCGCCCGAUUUGCCUGCCAAGCGCUGUUGCCACGUAUAACAACCUCGGCUCGUGCACUGUUGCCGGUUGGGGGACAACCUUCAGUCUGCUAGGGCCCACUCGUCUCCCCAACGAGCUCCAGCUGACCUUCGCCCCGGACUCCCUCUGCGAGUCCACCUUCGGGAGCUACAACUACACGUCCUCGGGGGCGUGCGUGGCCAGCGACAACCCCUUCCGCAGGAGGCCGUGCCGUGGGGACUCCGGGGGGCCCCUGGUGUGCGUCGUGAAGGGGAGGAGCUUCGUCUACGGCCUGGUGUCCUCGGGGCCCCUGUGUGGGGUGUCUGGGGGCCCCGACAUCUUCACGAGGGUUACCAAGUACGUUCGCUGGAUCCAGGAGAAGAUCGCGCCGUCUGGGGGGUUUCCGGGGGCUUCCGGGGCGAGUCAGAGUGCUCUCAUUGCUCUGACUGGGCCUUAUUUUCUGGAUCACAGUGAUGGACCCAAGUUUCAUCUUGCGUCACUAGUCUUGGUUUUCAUGGCUCAAAGCACCCUGAAACAACGGACUCGUUCCUUGCUUCUGGAAAAAUGA